AGACAGGUGGGUGUAGAUUCUCUAGGACCAAUCACAGCUGGUCAUCAGGUCAGUACUUAUCUGCAGGUUGAUUUUUGAUCUCUCUCUCUGAGCUGAGACCCAUCUGCCAUCACAACAUGACAAGCUACACAGAUAAGGGCGAGAAGCAUGCAAGGGGAAAGUUUUUGAGGUUUCAUCAUGUUACCUUCUGGGUUGGCAAUGCUAAGCAGGCAGCCUCGUUCUACUGCGAUAAGAUGGGCUUUGAGCCUCUGGCCUACAAGGGUCUGGAGACUGGCAGCCGGGAGGUGGUGUCCCAUGCCAUCAGACAGGAUAAGAUAAUCUUUGUGUUUCAAUCUCCCCUAAACCCUGGAAACAAAGAAAUGGGGGAGCAUUUGAUCAAGCAUGGAGAUGGAGUGAAAGACAUUGCUUUCCAGGUGGAAGACUGUGAUUUCUUAGUCAAGGCUGAAACUCCUGUUUUUCCCCCCGCCACCUUUUCACAGACAGCAAGGGAGCGAGGAGCUGCUAUUGUGAAGGAACCCUGGGUGGAGCAGGACAGCCACGGGAGGGUCAAGUAUGCUGUGAUUCAGACGUAUGGCGACACGACUCAUACACUCAUUGAGAACCUUGAACCGUACAAGGGCCUUUUCCUGCCGAGCUACAAGGAGCCCCUCUUCAGGGAUCCCCUGUUAGCCAAACUUCCACCAGCAGGGUUGAACUUCAUCGACCACAUUGUGGGAAACCAGCCAGAUGACCAAAUGGUGCCAAUUUCUGACUGGUAUCAGAAGUGUCUGCUGUUCCAUCGGUUCUGGUCAAUAGAUGACAAGCAGAUCCACACACAGUACAGUGCACUGAGGUCCAUUGUGGUGACCAACUAUGAAGAGACCAUAAAGAUGCCCAUCAAUGAACCUGCCCAGGGGAAAAAGAAGUCUCAAAUCCAGGAAUACGUGGACUAUAACGGUGGAGCAGGCGUUCAGCACAUCGCCCUGAACACGUCAAACAUUAUUCAGUCUGUAACAAAACUACGUGAACGAGGAAUGGAGUUCCUCUCAGCUCCUGACACGUACUAUGACACCCUGCGGGAGAAACUCAAGAGCGCCAAAAUCACGGUGAAAGAGGAUCUCGACCACUUACAGGCAUUGAAAAUCUUAGUUGAUUUCGAUGACAAGGGCUACCUUCUUCAAAUCUUCACCAAACCUGUGCAGGACAGACCGACACUUUUCUUGGAGGUCAUUCAGAGGAAUAACCACUUUGGUUUUGGGGCUGGAAACUUCAAGUCUCUCUUUGAGGCCAUCGAAAACGACCAAGAUGCCAGGGGAAACCUCACUGUGCUGACACCUGAAGGGCAGGCCAAAGCCCUUCGCUGAUCCUCUGACUGCCACCAAACCAUGCUGAGGCUGCAGGACGUGUUUCAGAAAUAAACAACGCUCACCACAACUGAGGAAAACCAAAAGUGUUGGAAAUCUUCAUGUUACAUCCUUCAAGCAUUACCACAUUCGCUUUUAGAACUAAGUAGGCUGAGCUGCAAUUGGCUAAAUGAAGACGUGUUAAUAUGUUUUAUGUCAUGUGGUUUGAGAAACAAAAAUUAAAUCAAGCAAAAAUUA